ACUCUCCCCAAACGUACCUCCUCCUGCAGGCAGUUUAGCCGUUUAAAUCAGUAUCAGCAUACUUAUCAGCAGGCCCAGCUAGCAGCAGCACACACACAUGGUCAACCUUCGGCCUUCGGACGAAUAAAAUGAGGUGUCGUAGCUCUGUUGUUGAUAUUACUGUAAGCUUUGCCAUUGGCAUUAGCGGAUUAACUAGGAUUAUAAAAACAUGUGAUUGUCAGCACCGAGGUCAAUGCAUUAUCAAUGGAUUUGGUAGUCAUUAUCAAUAUUAUCAUCACUCCCAUCAACAAGAUCGAACUCCUCUUGGCUUCAACAAGUCAUUUUUGAACUGUCGUCAUCAUCGCCAUUUGAACUUGUUGAGGUCAUGUAGUACAGAGAUGGCCGCUUCUUCAGGAACUGUUGACCGUCUGUGGUCAGACCAAAUGUUUGAGGUUGUGACAUGGUGUAAUUCGUUUUAUUCCAUAGACUCAAGUCGGAGUAAAUGUAAGCCAUUCUUUAUCGAGAAUCAUCAAGUCGGCCACAUCACCCCAACUGUUCUCAAACAUCUUCAAGGUUAUCCAGAUGUCUUUGUCAUUACAAAAGAUGCGGCCUCAGAUGCUGUGGAGAGAGUUUCUUUGUCUCCUUCAUUGAAGACGUUCGAGGAGCGGACAUCCAAGAUGGCUGUACUUCUUCAAAAUUUGAAAAAGUUGUCAGUGUUUAGAACGCUGAGAGGAUGGCGGGAUGAGAUGUACGCAGUGUCAUCCUCAUACCAUGAUGUAGCACUCAUGGACAUGGAACGUGCAGCUACUUGUCUGUUUGGAAUUAAGCAAUAUGGAGUUCAUCUGAAUGGAUACUGCCACCACCCAACUAAAGGAUUGUGUAUGUGGGUUGGGAGACGCUCUUCGACAAAGUCAACAUUUCCGAACAGACUGGAUAAUGUGGCAGCUGGUGGUCUGCCAUCAGGGAUGUCAAUCAAAGAAUGUCUUGUCAAAGAGUGCGCAGAAGAAGCGUCUAUCCCAGAAUGCAUUGCAGUAAAAGCUGUACCCGCUGGUGCCGUGAGCUACUUUUAUGAGGACAAACAAGGUCUUUUUGAUGAAACACAAUUUGUUUAUGACCUUGAACUUCCCGUGGACUUUGUGCCCGAAAUCAAUGACGAUGAGGUCUUAGAAUUUUACUUAUGGACGAUAGAAGAGGUCAAGGCAAAGAUAGCGACCAAGGAAUUCAAACCAAACUGUGCCCUGAUCAUUUUGGAUUUCCUCAUACGCAAGGGUCAUAUUUCUGCAGAUAACGAACCAAAUUAUCUUCGGUUUCUGCAAGGGAUCCAUUCGGAUGACCCAACAAAGCUGUUCCAGUAAAACUUCUCCUUUAUAAGUGACUGGUCAUGCAGAUAUUCAGUUCAUGUUAAUGUGUCUACAAGAUAGUCUCCAAACACUAUUUUUAUAUUCUUUGUUUUAGGGGGGGGUGUUGACUGAAAACAUGUAAUAUUUGUGUUUUUUUACUUGAUAUUUAUAUAUUUAAAAGUUGCAUCCCCUCAAGGUGAUCCCCUGACUGCCGCUUAGCAUGUUGUAUCGUAAUUUGGGUGUGUUCCCUGGCUACACAGCAGCUAGUGGUUAUGAAUAUAUGGCUUCUGACUGGAAA